AUGAACAACAAACGCCCACUACAAACAGAUUGGCCUGGUGUCCGCAACUCACCUCCAAAACAUGCUAGGCUUGUCGCGACCGAGCGAUACGCAUAUCCCGCCCCGAAAGAGAACGGCCGUGACUUCGAAAUCCCGACCACCAUAGCGCUACUGCGCACCAAGGCCGAUGAGCCCUGGAACGUCGGCUAUGCGAUUGGCGUAAUGCUCUACCACAUCAAACCCAUACUCACGCAACACCUAGACAACGCUUUCGACUACAGAAACCCACACCCCAAAGCUCUUUCCCACGUACGCGACAUCGUGCCCGCACUCGACGCGUACAUCAAGCAUCUGCGCCUAACAGACGGAUGCGCCGAGAAAUUUCCCAACGACGAUCGCAAAGGGAAAAUACGGCGACGUAAGUACAUCGGGCGGUAUACAUACAUGGCCGAAGCGGCGUUCAAAAACCACAUUCGCCUGGCGCUGGGUGACGUCUUUGAUGGCUGGAGCGGCAAGCAAACGCGGCUGUUCAACAUGGGCGUUGAUAAGGCGAUGACUGGCAUUCAGUGGGUUGUGUAUCCUGAUAGUAACGUAGUCAUUGAAGCUGGUGAGGGUGACUGGGCGGUAUGGAUUCGAGGUCAGUGUGAAGAGUUGGGCAUGGGUGAGGCACGGGCGGGUCGUGUAGCGCUGCAGGAUCUUGGGAGUAUUACUCCGCAGUGCACCGUGAUGUAG